AAAAUGGCGGAUGCAGAAGAUGCAGAGCGUCUGGAAAGAAAAUCAGUCGUAGAUCGAUAUUUUACGCGUAUUUUUAAAACGGAUAUAAUGGGGAAAUUUUGCGAAGAUCAAUGUGUGCUGCAGCAUUCAAACAAGAUAUGUGUGAUUACUGUAGCACCAAGUCACCCUUUACUCCAAUGUAAGCAGAUUGUGAAAGUGAAUUUUCAAGUGAGCACCAAGGUGAAUCGAUUGGAUAACAAAGUUUCUGGGAAAGGGAAGAAAGGUGCUCAGCAUUUACAACCAGAGUCUUUAAUUUGUGAAGUCACAAGUUCAGAUGGCAGCAAGUAUUCACUGUAUAGCUGCAUCAGAGGAAAGCUGGUUGAAGCUAAUGAAAAACUGGUCACAAAUCCACAACUGUUGUUAGAAAAGCCACAAACUGAAGGCUACCUUGCUGUAGUCCUCCCAAAACUCACUGAGAAUAUUCUGAAUGGACUUUUGACAAAAGAAGACUAUGAACAACUUUUAGAGGACAGGAAAGCACUAGAUGUCAAAAGCGGGUGAUAUUUAUCUCAAGAGUGUCCGGGUUUUUGUAGAGGACCCAAUCGUUUACGAAGAAGACACCCGAACACUUCCGAAGGCGUUUGGAAGAUUUCCGAAGGCAAAUGAAGGUUCCAGGGCAAAUGGCUGCAACUGUGGCUGUGAAUGAAAAUGGUAUGAUGAAGAGCAGUAGGAAAAAGAUUGUGUGAUGGUAAAGAUUACUUUUCUUUAGCAGUCUUGUUGAUGGUUCGUUGAUGUUUGAGGAAACGAGGAGAAUAUCGUCAGCCAUUGCAUUCGUCAACAUAGAGCACGUGUUUAACUUCGUAAUGGCUUUCUUACCGUGGAGUCUGUGGCUCAGUGGUAGAGCAUUGGAGCGCGGAAUCCGAAGGUUUGAGGUUCGAUUCCUCACAGAGACUCAGAAUUCUUUCUUUAUCCCACGUUCGUGACAAGACGAAAAAAAAACUUUCGCUAUAACCGAUAUACUACGUGGGUCCACACUUCAUUCAUGUGCAAAAUAACAUUGUUGUAGAGAUGUUAGUUGUGAAAGGCCAGCUUUUCCUAAUUUCCUCACCUUGGGUGAAAAACUGGUUUUAUCGAUUACGGGAAAACGACAUUCUAUCUGAAAAUAGCGGCUGUACUCUCGUUUUAGUACACAGUUGAAAUGGAUAUAUUGUAUCCAGUUUUAUAUUCAAACUUUUAAGAGAAACCGAGGAUAGGAUUUUAACACUGUGCGAAAAACCGAUUGGUAAUGUUAUAAUUUUAUGCUUAAAAGGAGCUAUAAAAUAAGCAAUUGCUAUCAUGUACCCGAAAUACUGGACAUGAAAAGAUCCAAUCCCCCUCUCUUAAUAAAGCUCGAGACGAUCACUGACUUUAUUUUGGCAACUUGCUAGUUGAAUCGAAAUAAAACCAGUCAUUUACAAACGA